UCGCUGAAGUAUGAAUAGCGGCAACCACGAUGUCAAUGAUGACGACAUGGAAUGUGAAACUGGUGUUUCGGUUGUCAGGAAGGUUGGGUCCCAAAACUAUAGACCGAUGGGUUACAGUUUGUGUACCAGGUGUGACACUGCACCAGUGAUGGGUGUUAAACGAAAGGUCGCCACAACAUCACCUACCUCCAAGGUGGAGGGCAGUGAGAAUCAGAUAAAGGCGGAACUGGCGUACAUCAAAUCCUUACUGAAAACCGCAAUGAACGAUACGAUACUAGGAGGAGAUAAUUUGGGAUCCAACCGCCUCAUUAAGAUAUUGAAAAAUGUUUUCUACAUCGUUCACAAAAAAGGGGAAAUUGAGGUCAUCAUUUCUUCCCCGGUGCAACUCGUUUGCGCACAAUCUACAUUUUUUACCUAGAUAUCGAUGACUCGUUUGCGCACAACGAAAUCAGUCGUUUACCUGUAACGGACGACUCGUUUGCGCACAACAUAAACACUGAGUAACAUAUAUUUUAUAUUUUUAAAUUUGGACUUACCUAAAGUAAUUGAAUUAUCGGUAAAAAUUAUCAGUACAAAUUACCAGCAUAUCAAUAAUCAAUAUAUAUCGAUUUAAAAUAAUCGUCGUGUAUUAGGAAAGCAUAAUACUUUUAAACAGUCGUUCGCCAGAAAGCUGUACUAUAACAACUGACUAUAUUGACUAUGGAUAUCGAAAUUUGUGAUGUUUUUGAAACGCGUCGAGGAAAAAAAUGUUUAAACAUAGAAAAUUAUAAAUUUAGAGAAUUCCGAACUUUAAAAUCUGGUGAUAAAAAUUUUAGGUGUACAAAUAAAAAUUGUUCCGUAAGUGCUGUAGUUAGGUUAGUUAAUGAAUCAUAUAAAAUUUUAAAAAUUACAAACACGCAUACCCAUGACGAGUACGACGACCGAACAAUUCAUCGAGAAGUAGUAAGAAGCAAUUUGAAACGUAGAGCCGAAGAGGAUUUACAUAUUAAACCAAAUAAACUAAUACGCCGGGAAUUGAAAAACAACGAAAAAUCUGAACAUCUUCAAUAUAGCGAUAUGAAAUUAAUUCGAAGAUCCAUGUAUGAAAAACGAAAAAAAUCCUUUCCAAACAUACCGAGAUCUUUAGAAGAUGCUAAAAAACAAUUAGUUGAUGAUCAGCAUAAUAUUACUUACAAAGGUAAUAAAUUUUGUUUCGUUAGUGAUGAUGAAAAUAUAUUUAUAUUUACAUGUAAACAAAAUUUGGAAUUGCUACAAAGUGCAGAACACGUUUUUGGGGAUGGGACAUUUUCAUUCGCUCCGAAAUAUUUUGUUCAACUUUAUACUAUUCACGUAUUUACAAACAAUUUUUAUGUUCCUGUGGCAUUUUGUUUUUUAAGUAACAAACAUACUGAUACUUACAUCAGUAUGUGGAAAACAUUACAAAAUAUAUGUAUUCAAAUUACUGGUAAUAUAAUAAAUUUAAGCAAUUUUCAUGUCGACUUUGAAAAAUCUGCGCAUAAUGCAGUAUUGCAAAUUUUCCCUAAAUGCAAAAUCAUGUGUUGUAACUUUCAUUUAGGGCAAAAUUGGUUUAGGCAUAUUCAACAACAUAAAUUAUUAUCGAGCGAGUACUUAAACAACGACUCAGAAGUUGGAAAAUGGAUGAAAUGUUUUUUUGGAUUAAGUUAUUUACCCCCUGACGAAGUUUCCGAUGGAUUUUGUGAUCUUAUGUCAAUAGCACCAAGUACUACGUCUAAUAUUUCUAUAUUUUCCGAUUAUAUUUUAGAAAAUUACAUAACAUCGGACAGCAAAUUCCCUCCAACAUUAUGGGCUUGUGAACCUACUAAUAAUCCUAAGACUACUAAUGGUGCCGAGAGUUAUCACAAACAAUAUAAUAGUCAGUUUUACACUGCUCAUCCGCACAUACAUCAAGUAAUCGACGUCAUUAUUGGAAUUCAAAGUGACACUGAUUUAAAAAUUAAUUCGAUAAACAAUAAAAUCAUAAAUUUCAAAAGAAAAGAGACAAUUAAUAAGGAGAUACAAUUGGAAAACAUUUGGAAUGAAUAUAAAAAUAAUAAUAUUAAUCGUUUAACUUAUAUGAAGAAAAUCGGACUUAAAUGUCACCAUUCUAAAUUAGUAUAAUUUUAUAACUAAUAGACUACUAUUAUUACUUAUUAAACCUACAAUGCAUGUUUUUUAAUAUAUUUU